GGGAGUCGUGGCCAAGUUCAUAUAUCGCGGAACGUCCGAGCCGCGCGAGCAUGUUUGCAGAUGGCGCGGCGACAGGAACAUGGUUUUCACUAUGCUUUACGGAAGAUUCGAUACUUGCAGGUGGGCCAUGGACACCAGCAACUGGACGGUCGCAGCCUCAUUGGCAGAGAAUAGAGUCAUUACCCAUGCUAUGGCUGGCGACACGAGGCCUCGGAUGCUGCCCUUGGCCGAUGUGCAGGUUCGAAACGAGGACAUGACGAACCUGGAGAAGCUGACUGGCAUCAGGCUGUCAUUUGCCAUGCCCCGAGCUCUUGUGAUCUUUCUGCCGAAGAGGGCGGGAACCUGUUCCGAGUUCAGCACUCAAAACGGCUUGAGGUUUAGGAUUUAA